AUGAAGAAGUGCGGCCAAGAAAUGAACGAUAUUGAGGAAGAGAAUGAAAGCUCGUCGUCGGAAAACGGCAAAACCCUCGAUGCCUUUGCUGUGGAUACUACAGAAGAAAGCGACGGCUUCUGUCCUCCGGUGGUUGAGAACUCUUGCACGAAAAGGCGUUCAACCUAUGAAGAUAGUGAUGGUGAUAAUGAAGAACUUGUCGAAGAAGAACCUGCGUCUUACUUUUCUGUUCCUACUUUUAUUCUUGAUGAGAAGAUCGAUGGGAGCGACAGCACCGUCUUUUUCGACACAUGUCCCUCUCAAAUCAAAGAUUUUCCUGUUCGCUCAGGUGCUUGGCAUACGGUAAGCCUAUUUUGUAGUUUUAACACAACUAUGUUUUGUAACUAUCAAAUUUCCAUUGGGUUUGUAUCGUAUUUCGCUGGCUUCAGAUCUCAAGUGUCGAUUGUUGGUCAAUUUCAGAACGAGCUGACAAAGACUGGAUUCAUUUAUGCCAAAGAGUUGUUCGCCUGGUUUCAAACGAUGGAAAUGCGGUUGGGUUACUCGCUACAUAUCGCCCAGCAUGAAUACGUCUUCGAAAAUAGCCUUGCCUUUUUCCCGUUCUACCCAAUGACUAUAAGAAUCCUUUCAAUGGCCUGGGCAACUCCAUUCGUUCAUUUUGGUUUUAUACAUGUUUCUUCUGCAUUGCUGAUAUCGGCGGUCGCAAUUAACUUGGGUUGCUUCCUUAUUGCGGCAGUACUUCUGUACCGGAUUGUGCUGCGAGUUUCUCGUUCUGUGAAGCAGGCAGUCAUUGCUGUGCUGAUAUUUUCGGCUAACCCUGCUUCAAUAUUCUUCUCAGCUGCCUACACAGAAUCGCUCUACUGCAUGCUUACCUUCGCCGGUAUAUGCGUACUGCUCGAGGAUCGCCCAUCGUUUUUUAUCCGGUAUCUUGGUUCUCUCCUCUGCUUUGGUCUUGCCUACGCUACACGUUCGAAUGGAUUGAUUAAUAUUGGAUACGUUGGCUUCUUCUGCUUGAUCGACUUCUUGCUUAACGUGGACCAUGAACAUCCCCGGCGACGUCGUGUGAUAUUACGAAGACCUAUCACAGUUAUCAUUUCACGUGCGACGGCAUUUAUAAUGCGCAUGAUUCUCGCUGUAUUAUCCAUCGCUUUACCUAUAUUUGUUCAUGGACGUCGUCAGCAGAUUGCCUUUUGUUCACAGUCAUCUGCAUCAAGUGUUCCAUCCACCCUUCAACGAUUUGCCACCGAGCAUCAGUUGGUCACGGUUGGGCGUACUGAUGUUAUCGACUGGUGCAAAAGUUUAUGGCAUCUUCUGGCCGAAGGCGGUGAUCAUGUACCGUACACUCUUCAUGCGAUGUUUAUGGCCCUUGGAGCAUUAUUUGUAUAUAACGCAGAGGUCCUGACGCGAAUGUUGUUCUCCAGUUCGCCAUUUCCUUAUCUCGUCCUUGCACGAUGGAUAUCUGAUAUCACACCGCAGGUACGGCUCUCGGAUCUUUUUGUGCCGCAGCCACUUCCGUUUCUCACUUACUUCUGUCGUCGUGGACUUCCAGAAUUUCUUCUCUAUCUCUAUCUUAUGGUUUACUUGAUAUUCGGUACAACGAUGCAUGCCAUGUGGUUGCCAUUCACUUAA